ACUUUUUCACUGAUAAUUUGAGGACGUAGUACGACUCAACGAUGGGCUGGACAGACCUUUCAUUUUCAAAGUAGUACAACCCAACUGUCAGUCGGAUAACCUCUCUCAUUUACAAAAAAUGAUAUUAAAACAGGUCAAAAACCUUUUUAUUUCCACAUAAUAUAAUUCAACGACGAAUUGAAAGUGCGUUUAUUUUUGAGCAAUAUAACUUAGCAAAGGAUUAAAAAAGUGUAUCAUUCGUCAGCCAGAAUGUAUAAAUCUCAAUUUGUUGGCCUAGAUGAUAAACCAUGUGAAACAAAGUGUUUGUUAUGUGAUUAUACUUUUAUUCUCCCAACAAAUGAAACUUAUUUUCUGACGCAUCUAUAUAUGGUGCAUCACCUUGUUAUAGGAGAUGUUUGGAAAAUAGCAAGUUUAAGAAGUUAUAUACAUUACUGGAGUAUAAAAUUUAAGGAAGCACCACUAACAACUUAUUGCACCACACUGUUGAUGGAUUUUAUGCCAGAUGGCAAACCAAGUCCAGAUGAACAGUACUUCUUGCUUUCUGAUUGUCUGUCAGAAGACAAAACUUUGAGAUAUGAAAUACAGCAAGCUAAACUAGAAUGGGCAUUAGCACAACAAGAAGCUGAACGUGUGGAUACAAGUUUCAAACGUGGCUGCGUGUUUUGCCGUAUGGAAUUUUGUGGAUUACGCACUCUUUAUAUAAAACAUCUUCAUCAGAAGCAUAAUCUUUAUUUUGGCAAGCCAGAAAACUUAGUAUUUGUUGAUGAGCUUUUGGAUAAAAUUCAGAGUACUAUUGAAAGUUUAAUAUGUAUUUACUGUGAAAAGACAUUUAAAGAUCGGACAGUAUUGAAGGAACAUAUGCGAAAAAAGUCACACAAGUGUAUAAAUCCAAAUAACAAAACAUACGAUAAGUUUUAUAUAAUCAAUUACCUGCAGCCGGAAAGAACUUGGAAGCGAAGACAGAAUAAUCACGAAUCAGAAAAGAAUCAGAAUCUGGAAGUUGUCAGUAGUGAAAAUGAAGAUGAAGAGGGUUCAUGGUCCGAUUGGAAUGACGACUCUGUCGGAAUAACAUGUUUAUUCUGUAAUUAUAGCAAUAAAGAAUUAGCGUGUAUCUUGAGUCAUAUGAGGAAAGAACAUGGCUUUGAUUUUCAAGAGACAGUCAAAGACCUGACCUUUUACCAAAAGGUAAAAGUAGUUAAUUAUAUAAAAAAACAAAUCCAACUACAGCGAUGUGUUUUUUGUGAAGAAGACACGGAUGGUAUCUUUGAACACAUGAAAAGUAAACAACAUUAUAAGAUCCCUGAACGAAAAGUCUGGGAUCAACCUCAAUAUUAUUUUCCUUUAUCUGAAAAUGACUCCUUUUUAUAUAAUCUUGACGCAAUUAGCGGUAGUGAUGAGGAAAACAGCAUCGAGAAUCUCAAUGAAGCAACAUCCAAUCUAUGUUUCUCCCCCGAACUUUCCAUGCAAAGUUCUGCUAGUUAUCCGUAAUCUUAUGCUUAAUUACUGAAAUAUUGUAUAUAUAUAAUUAUAUUUAUUAAUAUAAUUAUAUUUAUCGCA